AUGCCUGGGAUAUACAAUACUGCCAGUGCUGAAGAAGCAGAGUCCGAUUCUGACAGGAGCAAUGGAUCGCAUAGUGAGGAUUGGUCGAGGGAGAUCCGCGAUGUUAAUUCACAUGAUAGUAAUGAGAGCAAUCGGGUUCAAUUCAGUGGUGAUGGAUUGAACACUGGUGUCCGCGUCUUAGGAGACGGACGCCUUGAUAUCCGGAUCAACCAGCACAAGCCAAGCCUUGCUGGCCUAUUGGGCCACCUCCAAACACCCAUACCGUCAGAGUUAGAACAGAUCGAAGAUAAGUCCGGCAUGGAUAGCCUACACGCGAAGCCCGACUCAUUUCCACUUCACUUGAAUAUUGUGAUUCAGGUGAUCGGAUCGCGGGGUGACAUACAACCAUUCGUCGCACUGGGAAAGGAGUUAAAAGCACAUGGGCACCGUGUUCGACUUGCAACACAUCUAGCCUUUCGCGAUUUCGUUCUCGAGGGAGGUCUUGAAUUCUUCAAUAUCGGUGGAGAUCCGGCAGAGCUUAUGGCAUUCAUGGUGAAGAACCCUGGGCUCCUCCCUGGGUUCGACACAAUCCGGAGUGGGGCAAUACAAAAGCGAAGACGAGAAAUGAAAGAGAUUAUCCAUGGGUGCUGGAAGUCAUGCUACGAAAUGGGCGAUGGAACAAAUCUACAUCAAAUCAAAGAAGAUCUCUGGGGUGAUACGGUCGACUAUCGCCGGCGUCCAUUUGUUGCUGAUACGAUCAUUGCCAAUCCUCCAAGUUUGGCGCAUAUACAUUGUGCUCAAAGACUAGGCGUACCUCUGCAUGUAAUGUUUACAAUGCCAUGGUCUCCUACACAAUCCUUUCCACAUCCUCUUGCCAUCAUUCACCAUCAAGACUGCAAACCAACAGUCGCAAAUUUUGUCUCCUAUGCCGUUGUAGAGAUGAUGGUAUGGGAAGGAUUGGGUGAUUUGAUCAAUACGUUCCGCAAACAUACUUUGUCCCUCGAUCCACUAGAUGGCAUCACUGCUCCAAGUUUGAUUCACAGAUUACGAAUUCCAUGUUCAUACCUUUGGUCUCCUGCAGUACUACCCAAGCCAAGCGAUUGGGGUGACAACAUUGACAUCUGUGGAUUCAGUUUCCUUCCAUCGAAGCCCGACUACACCCCUCCGGACGAUAUUGCUGCAUUUCUGGACGCCAGUCCACCCCCGAUUUAUGUCGGAUUCGGUUCAAUUGUUGUUGACGACCAGAUAAAGUUAACAAAAAUUGUAUUUGAAGCAGUUCAAAAAUCCGGCCAGCGCGCAAUCAUUUCAAAGGGAUGGGGAAAUCUCGGUGUGGACGAUGUUGAUGUUCCAGAAAAUAUUCUCAUAAUAGGUAGCUGCCCUCAUGACUGGCUAUUUCGACAAGUCUCGUGCGUGAUACACCAUGGAGGUGCAGGUACAACUGCAGCUGGUCUUGCCCUCGGACGUCCGACCAUCAUCAUCCCGUUCUUUGGUGAUCAGCAAUUCUGGGGCGAGAUUGUUGCACGCGCAGGCGCCGGGCCACUUCCAAUUCCUCAUAAACAACUGACAGUCGAUAAGCUGCGCGAUGCAAUAAAUAUGGCAUUGGAAUCAAGUACAAAGGAAAAGGCGCAAUCCAUAGCAGCGAAGAUGCAGAAUGAAUCCGGCGUGAAAGAUGGAGUACGCAGCUUCCAUCGUCAUCUGGAUAUGAAGUCGUUGAGAUGUUGCAUCUGCCCUUCACGUCCGGCAGUGUGGCACAUGAGACACAGUGAUCUGGGCUUCAGUGCAUUUGCAGCAGCUGUUCUGGUUGAGAUGGGUAGGAUUCAACCCGAAUCAUUGGUUCUUAACCGACCAAUGGAACAUGAUACAUAUCGCGAUCCUGCUGGACCUCUUACUGCUUCUGCUGGAGUCCUCUACGGAGCCAUUUCCAGUUUUGUUACUGGGUUAGCAGAAAUACCAACAGAGAUCAUGAUUGACCUUUACUCCGCCGGUCGAGCCAUAGGAAACGCAAAACCGCAUAUCAAACCACAUUCAAAAUGGCAUCGAAAAAGACACAGUGAUGGUGAGGUUGUGAGCGAUGAAUCAUCUUCAAAUAGGACGAGCUCGCAGCGUGCUCCACGAGAUUUGAAUCACUCAAGUGACGACAUAGAGCGUGAGGCAGACGAAGACGAGGACCUAGACGAAGACGAAGAUGAAGAAAUGAUGGAUGCAGAUGAAGCUCAAGAAGUGGACUUCUUUACAGAUGCAGAACUUGAUCGAAGACACAGUUUACAGCUUGAACAUACUCAAACUAUGGGAGAUGAAAUCGUGCCUUCGCGCACACAUAAUGCCUUCUUGGAGGCUGCAAGCCACGGUCGACGCAUGUCUAUGAAAUUUGUUAAUCUGGUUAUUUGGCUUCCGACCGAUCUUUCUCUCAGUCUUGCUAAGGGAUUCCACAACGCACCCAAACUUUACAAUGACCCUAUGGUAAAAUCCACGCCGAAGGUGAAAGGGAUUCGCAGUGGCUUCCGAGCUGCAGGAGUGGAAUUCCGCGAUGGUUUUUAUCACGGUAUUACAGGCUUGGUCACUCAGCCUCGGUAUGGCUAUAAGCACAAAGGGACCAAGGGGAUGUUGAAGGGCGUGGGGAAAGGUGUGGGUGGAGUAUUGAUCAAACCUUUCGCGGGCCUCUGGGGACUCGCCGGCUAUCCGCUAAGUGGUAUACGCCGAAAACUCCUCGACUCAUUGGGCAAAACACAGGAAGGACAAAUCAUUAUAUCUCGCAUAGCCCAAGGUCAUGAAGAGAUGCGGGCAUCUACAGCUGCAGAUAGGGCGGAAGUGACCAGGAAGUGGAUACAGGUUGAAGAAGAUCUGGAGCAGAGCAGACGGUCAAAUCAUCGGCAUUGUACUCGAGUGGGCUAG